GACAAAAAAAAACGUAGGGACGGCUGAGACAGUGACAUGCUGAUUGGGACUGGACCAUGCAGAGCCAGAAGACCCCAGGGUCUGAUCAAACUCAUGGCCCUUACCCUCUGGCAGUAGCCCCCCCUGGUGGUUGGAGGGGGAUGGAGCGUGGUGGCGGGGAGAGCCCCCGCAUGCAGGACAGUCCUGAGCGGGAGCGGCGAGGGAGCAGCCCGGACUUCAGUGGACCCCCGCCAGGGAAGAUGGGGCGUUUGGAGCUCAAUGGGAGCCCCACUGGGCCACGCCUCCUACGCCACAACGGCCACCCACACAGACCUCUGGGAGGUCUGAUGAUCCCAGUGUUCUGUGUGGUAGAGCAGGCAGGGCCUGACGGAGGGAUGCAGCGUGAACGAGAGCGCGAGGAGGUGGAGAGGAAGGAGGGACACAGAGAGGAGCAUGCUGAGUUUGUCCUGGUCAGGAAAGAUAUCCUCUUCAACCAGCUGGUGGAGACAGCCCUGCUGGCCCUGGGGUACUCCCACAGCUCAGCAGCUCAGGCCCAUGGCAUCAUCAAGGUGGGUCAUUGGAACCCUCUGCCCAUCCACUUCCUAUCAGAUGCUCCUGAAGCCACGGUGGCUGAUAUGUUGCUGGAUGUCUAUCACAUGGUCACCCUCCGCAUUCAGCUACAGAGCUUUGCCAAGCUGGAGGACCUUCCGUCAGAGCAGUGGAACCACGCCACGGUGAGGAACGCCCUCAAGGAGCUUCUCAAGGAGAUGAACCAAAGCACACUGGCCAAGGAGUGCCCCCUCUCACAGAGUAUGAUUUCCUCAAUAGUAAACAGCUCCUACUAUGCCAAUGUCUCCACUGCCAAAUGCCAGGAAUUUGGGCGCUGGUACAAGAAGUACAAGAAAAUCAAAGGAGAUUAUCUGGAGAAGAUGUGGCCAGGAAGAGAUAAUUCAGAAAUCAAAGUGGAGAGAGACAGCCUGGCAGACUUCUGUGUCAUGGGCCAUCGUCCCCCUCCCCACCUGGCCAGCCUGGCCCAGCUCAGCCACCUUGGAGGGGGUGGAGGUACCCUCCUCAAGGGUGGAUCUGGAGACCCCCACAACCCCUCCCAACCCCCCCAACAACAACCCCAACAACAACCCCCCUCGCCCCACGGCCAGCUCCACCACAGCCCCCCUCUGCGUGGCCAGAUCCCCCCUCCCGGCCCUCCAGCCUCCCUUCAGCCUCUCCUUGGCCCAGGCGGGCUUCUCUCCCCCCAGCUUAGCCCUCAGCUUGUCCGACAGCAGCUAGCCAUGGCUCACCUCAUCAACCAGCAGCUCGCUGUUAACCGCCUGCUAGCCCACCAGCACCCACAGGCCCUCAACCAGCAGUUCCUCAACCACCCUCCCAUCCCUCGACCCUCCAAGGCAGGGGGCCCUGGGGACCCCGGGAACAACCCGUCUGCUGCGGAAGUCUCCACUGAUAUCUACCAGCACGUCAGGGACGAACUGAAAAGAGCCAGCGUCUCACAGGCUGUGUUCGCUCGCGUGGCCUUCAACAGAACACAGGGCCUGCUGUCGGAGAUCCUGCGGAAGGAGGAGGACCCUCGCUCUGCCUCUCAGUCCCUGCUGGUCAACCUCAAAGCCAUGCAGAACUUCCUCAACCUCCCUGAGGGGGAGAGAGACCGUAUUUACCAGGAGGAGCGUGAGCGCAGCAUGAACCCCCCUGUCGGCCUGCCCCCUACCCCUAGCUCCAGCCCCGGGGGCCCCCGCCUCUCACAGAAGGUGUGGGAGAGAGGUCUGGACGAACAGCUCACUCCUGACGCCUGGGCUUCUAUCUGGAAGAAUAAGACUAAAAUCUCCAACUCGCCCAAGCUGCCAUGCCUCAACCCAGACCUGCCCCUGAAGCUGGAGUCUCUGGUCAACAUCACGUCAGGUAUCUAUGAUGAGAUCCAGCAGGAGAUGAAGAGGGCGAAGGUGUCUCAGGCGCUGUUCGCCAAGGUGGCUGCCAACAAGAGCCAGGGCUGGCUGUGUGAGUUGCUGCGGUGGAAGGAGAACCCUAGCCCAGAGAACCGUACUCUGUGGGAGAAUCUGUGUACCAUCCGGAGGUUCCUGACUCUGCUCCAGACAGACAGAGACCUGGUGUAUGAAGAGGAGUCCAGGCACCACCACAGUGAGAGGCUGCAUACUGUACUACACCUGCCCCAAGAACCACAGGCACUGCACAGACAACCCCCACAACCCCUGAAGGACCACUCCCCGAUGCGCGAGGACCCCAUGCCCCUCCAGGGUAAUGAUGAAGAGUCCCCGAAUGUUGAAAGAGUCAGUUCAGGAGUCGGUGGUGGCGUGGUCAUUAAGAAGCCUCGGUCGCGCACUAAGAUCUCUCUAGAAGCCCUGGGCAUCCUGCAGAGCUUCAUCCAGGACGUGGGUCUUUACCCGGACCAAGAGGCCAUCCACACUCUGUCAGCCCAGCUGGACCUGCCCAAGCACACCAUCAUCAAGUUUUUCCAGAACCAGCGCUACCACGUCAAGCAUCACGGCCGGCUGAAGGAGCUGGGGGAGGGGGGCGGUGGUGUGGACGUCAGCGAAUACAGAGACGAGGAGCUCCUCUCCAGCUCAGAGGACCCUGAGUCCAGCGAAGACGGUCAUGAGGAGAUGUACCCUACUACAGAGAGGGAAAGAAGGGGAAGCAACCCAGCAGGGUCAGCCCCUGCCCUGGCACCAGCCCAGCCUUCAGGGACCAGCAUGGGGGCCAUGGAGGAGGGCAAGGACAAGGGGCAUUCUCAUGGUCUGAGUGGGGGCCGAGCCAGCUCCCUGCCCCCUGGUAGCUCCUCAUCCAGCCCCAGAGAGCAGGCUGACUUCCAGAGAUAGAGACCCAGAGACCAGAGGAGAUGCAGAAAGAGAGCGAGACCCAGACAGACAGACAGGCAGACAGACAGACAGGCAGGCAGGCAGGCAGGCAGGCAGGCAGGCAGGCAGGCAGACAGACAGACAGACAGACAGACAGACAGACAGACAGACAGACAGACAGACAGACAGACAGACAGACAGACAGACAGGAAGAGAACAGGAACUAAAGACUGGUAGAGGGGAAGAAGGGCAUCGAUGAGACAAUGACACACUGAUACAUACAUACACACACACACACACACACACACACACACACACACACACACACACACAUAUAUAUACAGUGCCUUGCGAAAGUAUUCGGCCCCCUUGAACUUUGCGACCUUUUGCCACAUUUCAGGCUUCAAACAUAAAGAUAUAAAACUGUAUUUUUUUGUGAAGAAUCAACAACAAGUGGGACACAAUCAUGAAGUGGAACGACAUUUAUUGGAUAUUUCAAACUUUUUUAACAAAUCAAAAACUGAAAAAUUGGGCGUGCAAAAUUAUACAAAUACAGUUUUAUAUCUUUAUGUUUGAAGCCUGAAAUGUGGCAAAAGGUCGCAAAGUUCAAGGGGGCCGAAUACUUUCGCAAGGCACUGUAUAUAUAUACACAGAAAUACAGACAUAUGGGGUCCAACGGAGGCUUCAUCAAAGAGUGAUUUAAGUGAAAAUACAAUAUGUUACCUCAGCAACAUGAAGCAGGGAAAUGCCAUGAAACAGCUGUCAUGUGUUACAGUUAGAAUAGCCUGUUCAGUAAUGUUGAGCCACUAGACAGAGAGAAAAACAAACAUAAACACACAUCCCACCCCUGGCCACAACAGGAACUUGCCACAUCAACACCAUUUUUGAAUUGAGCCAAUUCCAAAACUCAGCUUCACCCAAGAGGGUGGGCUCUCAUCUGCUCUGUCCAAUGACUGCUCUCUCUAAUGUCUCAACCACACCCACAUAGAACACUUGUCCUUACUUUGAUGUUGACUGAAUACUGGGGGCCUGCUCAGACCUCUACUAUCCCAUAGUCCCUUGGUUCCAUAUGCAGACUCCAGAUGUACAGCUCAUCACUAGCUGGCUAAGGAGUGUUUAGGGUGGCUGUGGCUUUCCAUCACCUCCUCCCCCUCUCCACCCCUCCACGACAGGACUCCUCUAGUCUUUGGUCUUUGACAGUGGUGGCAGGUUGUGUGGGUGGGUGGCUGCAUGGCAGGUGGGUUUUGGGUGGAGGUAAGAACAGUGGAAUGGGAGAAUUCACCAAUGAUAAACAAAUAUGGUUUGUCAAAGUCCACAAUUGAGCUUUAUGGUCUUUUUAAAGUUGGAAUCGCCACUCCCAACCAACCCACUCCUGUCGCCAUCCCUCAGUGGAGCAACCACACCCUACCUAACUCCCUACCCCCUACAUCCAAUAUGGAUUAUUCUCAUCUCUCCAGCACUUAUCCCACACUAACAAUGUUUCUAUGUCCACCACAGUCUCUCCCUAUCUCCUCCAGUCAUCACUCAGCCCAGUCUCCCCCACUUUACUCCUUUGUGGGUACUGUGGUUUACAAGGACACUAGUAGGUAAACCUAUCGUGGUUUAUGCGGACAUAAGAGAGACAGAGGACAGCCUUGUGAGGACAUGACCCAGCGGUGUGAAAGGACACUCAAGGCUACAGUUACUCUGGACUGUACCCCUGCCUACCCACCCUCGACCUAUGUGGAGAGAAACAGGGAGGGACACAACAGAACGGAGAUUCAGCAACCAAACAAUCAGUCACUUUAUGUGCGGUAGCCCACCACUUCACUCUUCCUCUCUCGUUCCCCGUCCCUCGUCCCUUCCCUCUUUCUCUCUCUCUCCAUAAUUGGUGCCUACAGUGUGCCGUUCCACCACACCUACCCGCACUUAAAUCCUCCACCCUAUUUAUUGCUAUCUUUAUCCAUGAUUAUUAUUAUCAUUAUUGUUAUUAUUGUUGUUAUUACGGUUGUUAUUGCUGUCAUCGCUGUUUAUUUUUGGUUCUAUUUUCAUGGCUUUAAUAUUGGCUUUCCGAGCACUGUGGUUGUUUUGGUAACGAGAGACGUUUUUGAGACAUGAGAAACACACACUGCCAAAAGAAGAAAGUGUCCUGUUAUGUAAAAACUUAAAUGAAUUUUUCCAAAGAAAGAAAAGCCUUGGGCAGAAACGGGAGUCAAAUCCAAAAAUGAAACGAAACAACGAAUAAACUGUGCUUUUGCUGCAGAUGGUGACAAUCUAACUUCUUUGAGCUAUUGGAAAACAUGGCAGGCUUGUUUGUUAAACCCAUAUCUGAAUGUGGGUACUUGUGUCAAAGUAUGCAUCCCAAAAGGCAUCCUAUUCCCAAUGUACAUGAAGUGCACUACUUUUGACCAGACCCUGGAAAAACGUAGUGCACUAUAUGGAGAAUAGGAUGCCAUGUGGGACACAGUCAAAGUUACAGAGGAACCAUGAGGUAUCUGGCUGUCUAGGCAGCUGCUACUAAGAUGACAUGCCUUGUACUCUUAUCAAUCAUCAAUACAUUGUGUUUUAUCUCUA